CUGUCAGCAAAAUCAGAACUGCUUUAAACAUUCUGUUCACGCUGUGGUUUCGGUUCAUCGACUGGUUGAUCCUCUGGUGCAACAAUCUUUCCUACAGCUACCGGCUGGUGGCCAAAAAGUUGUCCAGUGAACUGAUCCUGGAGAAGGAGAAGAUUUUG